AUGCCACCUCCCGCGGUUGAAGGAAGCGUACAAGUGGGCGAUGUGGCGCCACCCAGACCAGGGGUCUUCAAUUACGAAGAGAGCGAGUCGGCAUCAGGCAUCGACCAGUCGCAGACCGAAAGGCCCCAGGCCGAAAGCCCGGAUACCGAAAGCCCCCAGGCGCAACAACCUCCACAGCUACUUAGCCCUAUAAAGCCUCAAGGGGAGCGGACCACCGGAGGAGGGGCAGCAGAUGGUACGGCCAUUUUACAGCCGCCCCCAGAUGUGCCCAUCAUCGCCCAAGCAAGGAAAUGCACCUUUGAGCAAUUUGUCAACCGCUUCUCGCCCGAAGAGGCGGGUUAUGCCAUCGAGUACCUCGAAGCAGGGACGGAACUAGGCUUCGAGAUGGCUAAGGAGGUGGGGAGGCGGCGUCUGGCCAAGGUCAAAGGUCACGAAGGACAGAACACCAUGGAGUACAAGAGCAGACGAUUCGACGGUGGCCUCUCGAGCGGUACCUGGCUGCAGGCUGUGCGGAUUCAGUCUCAGAUGGUGCUCAAAAUUCUCGCCGAGGUCACGGGCUACAACUGGGGAAUUGAGCCGCACACCUUCAUGCGGCCCUUCGGGCACCUCAUUCAUUUUCACCCGCAGAUCAAGGAAAAGCUCGAGGCACUCAGGACCGCCUCACUGGAAAUAGAAGGGGAUUUCAUCGAGAAGGAUUCCCUAGAGCACCUCGAAUGCUACGUCUCGUUCGUGGACGACCAUCUCAUGCCGCUCGUCGAUCAGUUUGCCGACGCCAACCAUUCCAACCCAAAGCGCAUCCGAUACGAGGACCUGUGGUAUCUUUUCAAGCCUGGUGACCUGAUUUACCUACCACGAAAUACACUGCAAAAGAUGUUGAGGAGUCGAGGCCGCACGGAAGCAUAUCCAGAAAGCGCAAUUUACCAAACGAUAUGGAGACUCGAGGUCUUUGUGCCGCAUGAAGGGGACCUGGAGCUUCCUAUGAUCGGAAGCGCCUCGUCCGACUGGGAGGCCAAGACGAAUCUCUACUUCGUCGACUACGAUGGCUCCGCCUACAAGCCAGUGUCGCUCAGCGUGACAAUCGACCAUUUCGACGGCGAGAAAGACAUUCGGACCUUGAAUGUCUUUCCGAUACGAUUCGUUCCGGACCACGAAGCCCUGAUCGAGAAGAGUAGAGAGUGGGGCGAAAAGUUCACGCAGUGUGUUGAGCAGCGACAUGUUUCGUAUAAGGCGUGGACGCUUCUAAACGAUCCGUUGGGGUGGCGAUACGUGCACGAUAACAAGGGCCGGCCCAUUACCUCCCCUGAGUUUACUGACGGGGAUGUCAUUAUCGAUUUCCAAGAAGCCUUCAACGCCCAUCCGGAGUGGAAGUACAGCCACGGCCUCCUAGAAAGAUGGUCAAGCGACGCCCUCACCACCCGCGACAAGUUUCCCAUCCUUCCAUGGUCCGACGUCUCACGAUCCAAACUUCUGUCCGAGUGGAUUAACAUUACCGUAUCAGACGAUGACAUCGACUUCCUCGAGGGCAAGGACUUUGCCAAGAAGCAUCCUUACGAGCAGAACGGCAUUGACAAACCGCCUCAUGAGGAUCUUGUCCUGCUUCCGCGGCGUCUCCUAGGUUACGGACUCCAUGAGCGCCGCUUUCUCUUUUUGGACGUGGACAAGGUCAAGGUUAAGCGUGAAGAGGACUUCGACCCUUUCGACUUUCUGGAAAUUGACCCCGCCAACAAGCACAUUAUCCACUGUCUCCUGACUGACCACUUCAACACCAAGGCGGCGCGGAAGAAGGGCGAGAUUGCGAGCCAGGACCCGAUCCCGGGAAAAGGCAACAACCUCGUGUUUCUUCUCCACGGCCCCCCCGGGGUCGGUAAGACGGCUACAGUUGAAGCGGUGGCCCAGAAAUACCGAAGGCCGUUGUUCGCUAUCACGUCUGGAGACCUGGGCUCGACGCCCGACGCCGUAGAGUCCUCGCUGAACGAGAUAUUCCAUCUCGCUAAUGUUUGGGACUGCAUCCUCCUCCUUGACGAAGCCGAUGUAUUCCUAGAAGAACGAGAGAAGAACGAUCUCAAAAGGAACGCUGUCGUGUCGGUCUUCCUCCGGGUUAUGGAGUACUACAACGGCGUGCUCUUCCUCACCACGAACCGACCCGGUCAGCUCGACGAGGCGAUAAAAUCCCGUGUCCAUAGUGCGCUACUUUACCAAACCUUGAGCCAGGCACAAACUGAGAAAGUGUUUCGUAUGAAUAUCAAGAGGCUCGAGUACAUCGAAAUGCAACGCGGGAAGGUACUGCCCGACUCGUCUCAGCCGUACCUACAGGCCGAUAAGACGGGCAUUCUAGCCUUUGCUGAGAAGCACUGGAAGGAACACGAGUAUGAUGAGCUGGGCCGGUGGAACGGGAGGCAGAUCCGCAACGCCUUCAUCAGUGCGGCAGCAUUGGCGCGUGGCGACGUCGACAACGGUUCAGGCGAAGGCAGGCCAUCCGUCACCGUGUUAACGGAACGGCACUUCCAGGGUGUGGCAAAGAGCAUCACGGCCUUUGACAAAUAUAUGGCCCGGGCCCGCGGAGCCCUCGACUCGGAGCGCGCGCGGACCCGAGAGGAUCGACCGGCGCCGGACGAGGACGCCGAGUCGGGGCGGAGCCGCCGGCCCCUGCGCAAUUCCGGGUUGGCCCGCCCGUCGCUCAACCACACCGGGGCCGUGCCGCAGACGCCAACACCCUCCCGUCACUAUGCCCAGGCGCCGGUAUCACCAUCUCCGUCGUAUUACGUCCAACCUGUACCGCAGCCGGCUUUGUCAGCCGCCGGUCAACAACCGUAUAGCGGUGGCUACGCCUAUCCGACACAGAUGUACGGAACCAGUCCUGGCGCCCCGAUGCCCGUCUGGUCGCAGUCCGUCCAACAAGCCGGUGCACCACAAGGGCCUCCGCCCACAAUGCAUUCAUCUCCUCAUGUACAACAAUAUCCCGCCAUGGUCCACCAGGGCAGCAGCGACGGGGGGUUGGCUGUGAGACAAGGUGUGCCCCAACCGCUUCCCCCGCGGACCCCCGAUGGGUCUAGCUCGCAGCAGGGUAACCAUGGGGAGUAG